UUACAUCCUACACAUUAGGGAUUUUUUAAAAUUAUCACUAACUGGCUCCAUUUCUUUUUUCAGCUCUUGAUAUCGGAUGAAAUCUUGUCUCUGCCAUCCAUCCCAGUGUUGUGUUAGGGGCCUCUGCUGCCAAACUGCGUCACCGAGUGGGCACUGCAGGUAUUCAUCUCCAGUCUGCGUGUUAGGAAGUCUAGCCAUGGCACGCAUGACCUGGAAACCAAAGUGACUGAACUUUAAAAAAGAAAAGAAAAAUCACCAUGGAGCCAGAGGCCAAUUCAAACUCCGAGGCCCACCAAGGACUGAAAUAUCCCAAGUCUCAGUGUGAACUGGCUGUCAAUAUGCAUGAGGCCAUGGGUGAUGGGAAUAUCAAUCUUAUGGACUCAGUAGUGAGAGGUGGGAGCGACCCCAGUGCAGACCCUUCCUCCAGUUAUCAGAGGAAUGUUCAUCAGAGAUUCAUCAGGAGAAGUCUGUGGUUCUCGGACACAGACGAGCAGGCUUUUGAAGCACCUGAAUGUGAUAACAGGAGUAAGGUCCUAAACAUAAACCUGCGAACAAUAGUCGAUAGGACGCGGGGGACUAGUGGUGGGAUACAGGAGGGCUCCAGCACUGAAAGUCAAGGUGGGCAAAAAGACAGUGCAACAGAGAGUGCCAGUGCCGACGAAAAGGAGAAAGGUGGAGAUGCAUUAAACGUCACUUGCAACGAUGGUGGUAAAAAUGCCAUCAAGGCAGCCAGCGAGGAGAAUGAGGAGGAGGCAGAGAUGAAAGCAGUCUCGACAUCUCCGGGAGGAAGGUUUCUCAAAUUUGACAUCGAGCUGGGGAGAGGGUCCUUCAAGACGGUCUACAAGGGCCUGGAUACUGAGACCUGGGUGGAGGUUGCGUGGUGCGAGUUGCAGGAUCGCAAGCUGUCAAAAGUGGAACGCCAGCGCUUUAAGGAGGAGGCAGAGAUGUUGAAGGGUCUUCAACAUCCCAACAUUGUCCGUUUCUAUGACUUUUGGGAGUCACCCCUUAAAGGGAAGAAGUGCAUUGUUUUAGUAACGGAGCUCAUGACGUCAGGAACGCUAAAAACCUACCUGAAGCGCUUCAAGGUAAUGAAGCCCAAGGUGCUAAGAAGCUGGUGCAGACAGAUCCUGAAAGGCCUUCACUUUCUCCACACCAGGACCCCUCCCAUAAUCCAUAGGGACCUCAAAUGUGAUAACAUCUUUAUCACUGGACCUACAGGGUCGGUUAAGAUAGGGGAUCUAGGACUGGCGACACUCAAGGCGGCUUCCUUUGCUAAGAGCGUCAUAGGUACUCCAGAGUUCAUGGCUCCAGAGAUGUAUGAGGAGCACUAUGACGAGGCAGUGGAUGUCUACGCAUUUGGCAUGUGUAUGCUUGAGAUGGCCACCUCAGAAUAUCCCUACUCUGAGUGUCAGAAUGCUGCUCAGAUUUACCGCAAAGUCACUAGUGGAGUGAAGCCAGCCAGCUACAACAAGGUCAUGGAUCCUGAAAUCAAAGAGAUUAUUGGGGAGUGUAUCUGCCAAAAGAAAGAGGAGCGGUAUACCAUCAAGGAUCUGUUGAACCACGCUUUCUUUGCUGAGGACACAGGUGUGAGGGUCGAGCUCGCUGAGGAGGAUGAUGGAAAAAAGGCCUCAAUAGCCCUGAAAUUGUGGGUGGAGGACCACAAGAAGUUAAAAGGGAAGUAUAAGGAGACAGGAGCCAUCGAGUUCACGUUUGACCUGGAAAAGGAGGUUCCUGAGUUUGUUGCGCAAGAGAUGGUGGAGUCUGGCUUCUUCCAUGAGAGUGAUGCUAAGACUGUGGGAAAGUCGAUCAGGGACCGUGUGGCACUGAUCAAAUGGAGAAGAGAGAGAACAGUGUCUGCUGCAGUUCCAGUGGAUCAAGGUGAAGGGGGGCACAGGAUCCAGAUGACACCAUCUCAGGGCAUCUCUGUUGGGGCAGCACAUAUAGGACAGGCCCCUUUGCUGGAGCCAGAAGAGCCAGAGGCAGACCAGCACAACCGGCUACGUAACCUACCAGCCAGUGCCACCUCAGUGACAUCAGACAGCACACUUGACAGUGGCAUGGGCUCCACUGUGUACUCAGACUCCCACAGCAGCCAGCAGAGUGUCCUCUACCAGUCCCUGCUGGAGCCUAUCACUAUGGCAACGCAGCAGUGCCAGAGAAGUAGCCCUGUUCUGACAGAUCGACCUCACUCCUGUGAAAAGGGUAAAGUAUGGGGGGCAGCACUGAGCCCAGAGCACAGGACUCAUUUGGGAGCUGCAGCCCGGAGAGGAAGUGCUCCUGUUAUUGACACUCAAAGAUCAAACCACAUCGCUCAACUCCAUGCUCUCACUCAAUCUCAGAGAUCAAUCAGUCCCACUCCUACAGUACCAGAACACCAAUCAGAGCUCAGCCCCACUGAGCUGCACUCCGAGGCUGAGGAUGGGUUCCCCUCCCAGAGUGCUCUGGCAGUACUGCAGGUGUCCCCUGCCUUUUCACCUCCUGAGUUCCGCCGCUUUAGUGACACCAGCAUCAAGUCUUCAUCAAAGGUUAUCAGUGAGAACUUGUCACUGCCUGUGCCAAGUGGACGCAGACACUCUGACCUCAGUGGUCUUCUAAGUUUAACAUCUCAUCAUAACCAUAUGUAUAGAAACCAUGUGUGCCAGGCCUGCCUCUCUUUGCUUCUUCUGAAGUCACGAGAAGGGAGCCACCGCCAUCCUUCUGUUGUGCCAACACACCACUGUCCAUGUGACUUUAGACACCAGCUGUCCCCCGGUGGAACAAUGACCACCCCUGGUUAUGGGCGGCCGAAGGGUUCGAGUGAUUGUUCAGAUUUCUCAGUGCUGCAGAAGUCCCUGUUGAAUAUAAUCUGCCGUAAAGCAGCCCCUUGUCAUACCACACCCUCCCAAGCCUCUCUACUGCACACGUCAGCUGCCCACAAACCUGCCCGCAAUACUGGAGACAGAAACCUGAAGAGUCAUCUCCAGACUGGCAGUUCGGGUGGGGACCAAGAACACCUCCAGGACUGCAAGGAUAGAUUCUGUGCCAGAGAGCAGCAAGUUACCGGUGCUGUAGGAGUGGCCAGUUCUGCAGGUCACCAGAAUCAACCAUCUGUCCAUGGCCUGCCUUCAUCCAGCACAGCAGUGCACACACCUCUGCAGUACCUCCAGCCUGGACACAGCUACCCUGCUGCUCCAUAUCCUGGCCAGCCCAGUGCUGCAGCACCAGCUAGUCUGUGUUCAGUCAACAUCCAGCAUGCAGUCAGUGCUGCCAACUACACACCUUCAAAUGUGCAACAGACCCAAGCCACAGCAAAUAUCUCAGCAUCAGCUGUGCCACAACAUGUUGCACAGAGCUACCAAGUGCUUGGUCAUCAACAACAGCAGGCAAGCUCUUCAAUAUUUCCCUUACAAGUCCAACAACCUUGUCAGAACUGUGUGGCCCCAACUCAACAGUCACAAUCUGCAUCAGGAUAUCCUACUACAAUUCAGCAACAGACUGCUGCGGCAGCAACCAGCCUGCCAACACAGCAGCCAACACAAAGCUACCCUCUUGCAUCUGUAACCUCAACUAUGGCAUCUAUGGCCCAGUGUCACCCUGCACAAGCUCCCAGUGCACUGCAGCAGGUCCAAGCUGCAGUUAAACUGCAGAGUCAGCAGCCUGGUCCGAGCUCCUCUACACCAGCACUUUACAGCCAACAGAUACACGUUCAGCAAGAGCAUCAACAGCCCUUAAUGCAAAAUACACAAUCCAGUAUACAGCAUACACAAAAUACCGGGCAGACUUACAUUCAGCCUCAACUCCAGCAUAUCCAAGAAACUGUGCAUGUCAUACACCAACAGAUGACACAGCCUACCCUUCAGUCCUCUGGUCAGCAACAAGUACACACCCCGACUCUACAGCAUCACAGUCAGAAAGCCAUGCAGACAGCAGAUUCCCAACAGAGCCAAGAUGUAUCUCAGUCGGCAGUUCUACAGGCUCCUGCCUCUCAGUUUCAUCACACACCAACCCUAGUUGCACAAGUUGCCGCCACACAUCAGAAUUACCCCGAUGCUAGCUCUCAGAGCUAUGCACAUUCUGCCCUCAAUGUCCUGCAGCAACAGACUGCUCCAGCUCAAAGCCAGUACCUGCCCGCACAGUCUACCACUGCUCCAGCUGCUUCCCAGCAUAGCCAGGCUGCUAAUAUGACCCAACAGUUUCAACCCUAUCUUUGCGUCGCUGCUUUCCUGAAUCAGAAUAUUCCCUCUGGUCAGAGCCUUUCACAACUUGGACAAGAUGGACAGAGCAAUGUGCAAAAUCUCACCCAGUCAGCUUCAAGUGUCCCAGCCCAGGCACUACCUCUUCAACAGUCAAUGGCUCAGGCUGCUGUCCACCAGCAGCUGCAACCUCUGCAGAUUUCAACCUCGCUACCACCAACACACCCAUCCCAGCAGGUUCCUCAGCAGGCCCAGGUCAGCCAUCCAGAGCUUGUCCCUGCUGCUCAACCAGUCCAGCCUGCUCAGCUCAUCCAACCUGCAGUCUUUUCCUCGCCUGUGCAGAAUGCUUCAGACCUGGGCACAGCUGCUGUUGCCCAGCUGGAUCACAAGAACCCAUGCCAGCUGCCCCCGCAGGCCCAAAGUCAGGUUCAGAGCCAGAUUCCUGUGCUGCAACCCUCUGACUCUCAGAGAGGAUUGUCUGGGUCUGCCAGCUCCAGUCUGACUCAGCAGAAACAGCUCAGUGCUCUCGCAGGAGCUGCAGGUCAGGGUCCAACAGAGACCAACAUGGAGGAUCAAGCAGCAGAGAAACAUAGUGGAGGGCAGAGCUAUGACAGUGUCAACUCUGAUGCCACAUCAGGGAAGGAGAUGAGUGAUGGUUAUGAGGGGACACAUGGAAGUAAAGGCGAGGGGAAAGUCCGCAAACACCACCGCAGGUCAACACGCACUCGCUCUCGGCAAGAGAAGAUUAGCAGACCAAAGCUCAACAUGCUCAACGUGUGUAACACAGGGGAUAAGAUGGUAGAGUGUCAGUUGGAAACUCAUAACCAUAAGAUGGUGACUUUCAAGUUUGACCUGGAUGGAGAUGCACCUGAAGAGAUUGCUACAUACAUGGUGGAGAAUGAUUUCAUUCUGCCUGUAGAGAAAGAAGUAUUCAUUGAGCAGCUGAAGGACAUUGUGGAUAAGGCUAUGGACAUGCUGAGUGAGGACACUGAGGGAGAGAGGAACUCUGACCAGAGAGGCAGUCCCAAGCAGACUGAAGGAGCUGGCACUCUGGGAACGGAGGGAUUGAAGGCUUCUGCACCCAGUACUCCACUGGUACUGGUGUACCAGCAAAAUGUCCUCCACACUGGCAAGCGCUGGUUUAUCAUCUGCCCUGUGGCUGAGACGCCCCUGCAAGACAAAGAGAAGACUACACCUCACACCUCUGCAGCCCAGGAAUCUGAAAAGUUGGCAUCAUCAGUCAGGCACAACAGUAACACCACUGCAGUGUCAACCCAGGUCGUCUCUUUAUCUUCCCAAAGCCCGUCCUCCUCUUUGCCCCCUGCAGCUCAGACCUCAGUGCAACCUCAAGACCAAAACAUUGGCAAAGCCCACGUCCAACAGCCUGAGCCCUGUGUAAGUAAAAAUGCCCUUGCUGCUGCUGGCGUAAGCCAUCACAACUCCCCUCCUGUGGAAGAGCCUUGCAUCUCUGCUGUCUCUAUGGUAAAGGACAUACCAUGCUGUGCUAUUGUGCCACCUGUCUCUCUGGAUGUGAAUGCCAUUGAUAAGGGAGCAGCUGGUGGUUUGGCCUCUUCACAAACCAAUAAGCCCAAUCAGAAAGCCAGUCCUACUGGAGAACUACCCCCUCAACUGGCUUCCCAUCAGUCUGUGGUCCUGCAGCAGCCCUAUGCCACGUCCAUGCAGCCUGGUACAGUCACCUCCCAGCCCCAGAGUCCAGCACAUCAGAACUCCCAGUCAUCAAGCCACCAGCAGCCAGCGAGUGGAGGGACAGGGGAGUCGGACAGUGAGGGACCACGCAGGGUGGAGUUUGUUGACCGCACCAUUAAGACUUUGGAUGAGAAGCUGAGAAACCUUUUGUACCAGGAGCAUGCUCCCUCUCAGCCCUCUGGCUCUGCGUCUGACCCCCAUGCCUCCAGCACAGAGGGGGUCACCUCACCACCAGUCUCAGACGGCCAGAGCACUGAGGGAGCUCUUGCGAAAAAGAAGGGAGAGCCACUGCCGCAGAUUCCAGAGCGCACAGAUAGUGUGGGUGCACUAAGUGACUCUGCAGUGGCUGCCACCAAGAAUUUGAACAGAAAAGAUCUGACGGCUAACUCCAGUUCAUAUAGCUCCAAAAGCCGUUUUCAAAUUGUCCCCACUCCACCGGAUGUCAUCUGUCGUUUAGAGAAAAGCAAGAUGAGUCGCAGCAGCUGCACUUCCCCAGCACCCUCUAGUGGUUCUGGAGGGUCUCACAGCCAGACUCAGGGUCCAGACAGGAAAGAAAAGGGCUUUGUGGCUGCUGGCAGGUCCUCUUUGACAGCUGAAGAUGAAAAAGCAGGAACAUCCAAACCUCACAUUAGUAAUCGCUACUCUGCCCCACCUAACUUCUACCAUGCUACCCCAACUUCCAGCCCUGAUGUCACCCCACGCCGUAUCCCACGGGCCCAGACCAUUGAUUCUCCAAUGCAUUAUCAGUACCAACACUCCUCUCACCUCUCUGACUCAGCAGAUGAGGACAGCAGCAGUGUAGUCCUUCAUCCGGCCCACCCCGUUCCUCCACCUCAUGCUUUGUCUGAGCACAGUGGAAGCGACCUCAUGAAGAGGGCAGUGGCCUUCCUGCGGCGCUCUGGCCGGAGCAAAAGUGAGCAGAGCUCUGAUUCACCAAGCCGACAGCCCGUGUCAAUGAAUGGUCACGCUCCCUCCCCUUCUGCAGGACAUCCUUACUCAUCCUACAUCAGUAGUGACAAUGACUCUGAGUUUGAGGAUGCAGAUAUGAGGAAAGAACUACAGAAACUGAGAGAAAAACACAUGAAGGAGAUCUCUGAGCUGCAGGCUUACCAGAGGAAUGAGAUUGAGCGUUUGUACAAGGAACUGGGCAAAACUCUGCCCUCCAAUGUCGGACUACUUCAUGCUGCACCUCCAAGUGGCCGCAGGCGCAGGGCCAGCAAACACAAGCUAAAGGCUGGGAAACUGCUCAAUCCGAUGGUGCAGCAGCUCAGAAACAAUCUUAACACCACUGCUGCUGAGAGGAAAGGUGAGAGUGCUGCUAGUUCAUCUGGCUCUCCUGCUAAAAGUUCGGUUCUGUCAGAUGGCUCUGCCCACUCUAGUGGCAGCUCCAGCUCCAGCAGUCAGCAUGGAACCGCCCCAGAGCAGGUCCACACCCAGCAACCCUGUUCCCUGAAGGGCUCUUUUUCCUCAGACAACAUCUAUGCUGGGGGGCUACACAGUGACGGAAUGACUAACCAAGCAGGACCUGGCCAAGGGUCCACUCUGAAACGACUAUGUCUAGGCAAAGAACGCAGUAGUAGGUCGUCUAUCAGCACCACCACAGCUCAGACAGCCUCCAGUCAGACGCAGCCAUCACUCAGCACGGCCGCAGCCACGGCCACGCCCUCUCCAUCACCUCACCCACUCCCCAGGCUCGCUCAGGUCCAGACCAACAACAGCAACAACAAGAAAGGCACAUUUACUGAUGACCUUCACAAACUGGUAGACGACUGGACGAAGGAGACCGUAGCGGCGGCCCAUCAACCACGCCCCUCCCUGAACCAGAUCAAACAGCAGAGACGCCAGCAGGACCUGGAAGGCAAAGCUCCACCAGUGGGAGCAGCUACACAUGAGAUGAAAUGCCAUGUUCGUCCCGGCAAGUUCCAGCUGCCUCUUUCCUGCCCCCUGACUGCUGCUUUAAGCCCCGGUAUGCCCACAACCCUAGGUCCCAACUCCUCAGCAAUGCUCCCUCCUGGGUACCUUUUGCCAGCAGGUUCCUAUGGCAGGAUGGCUCCCAGUCCUCAUUACCCCCAGCAAUGGCCUGGCUUGCCUAGUCCUGUAGGGUCUGUGGGUCCUGUAGGCCUGCUUGGUGCUGCAAGAAUGAUGCCCUAUGCCACAAUGGCAAAUACAGGGAUCCAAGCCUACCCUCUGGCCAUGCACAACCCAGAGAAUGGCCCUUGUCCGAAAACCACUAGGACUUCUUAUUCUGCUAAUUAAAUAUCGUUGGUGUGUACGGGCCGGAAAGUCCAACUCCACUUUGUUCUGAUUCACCAGAGUCACAUAUGUACAUAAUCUGAUCUUGUAAAUAACUUGACGCAAGUGUUGAUGUCUGUAUUAACUUGUGUGUGUGUGGAUGUAUGUGUGUAUAUUAUACAGUACAUGUUCAGUAUGUAUGUCUGAAUACCUAAUGCUUUAUAGCUUUGGUCUUGACUAAACUCAGCCAUAUGAGACAUUUUGUCCGCAGUCACGAAAACAUAUUUCACCAUAUUCUUUAUUACUGCAUUUAUUUUGCCUUUCUCUACAGUUACGUACACUUUAAACACUACAUUGGAAUCCAAAAACCAGUGGCUUGAGAUACAGUAACAGGACAGUAUUUAUGACGAAAGUAUUUGAAGGAAUGUAGUGCCUUGAACAUUUUUUUUCUCUUCUGUGAAACAAAGCAUGUCUGCAUCCAAGUUAUUUUAUUUGAUGGUAGCUUGAGUGCAGUCUCCUUUUUUUUUAAUGCAUUACAGACACUUUUGUUUUUGGUUUACAUGUGAAUGCCCUUGUAGUACUGCACUAUUAACACAGUAUAUGCUCUUAUUUAAAUAAUAAAAUCAUGUUUUAACCCUUGUUUACUUUCCACCCCUGUGACAGAUGGAAUGCCAUAGUGGUGAGAUGUACCGUUGCCUUGCAGAAACAAAUGAUUAAUGUGCGACUAAUAGAGAAGGAAGAGAAAAAAAAAAAGAAAAAAAGCCAGCAGCCAAAAUCAACUCUUUCAGGUCAAAUGGUUCAGUGCGACACAGCCUCUUUUGCAUAGGACAACAGAUGUGUUGGACCGCACAUGAGUUGGCAGUGUUUUAGCCUCGUGCUAGGAAAUGCGGUGUCCAGAGCCAUGUAUACUGUACAUAGUUGUUUCUACAGUAUAUGCCUCUGGUAGUAUUCUGAUCAGAAUGUAGCAAUUAAUAUGUGAAGGCUUGAGGCUUAAAAGUGCAAUUUAACCCCUCCACAAAGCUUUGAUCGUGGCCUUGCCACAAGCCUUAUCUCUGAUGUGUGCGACAGGAGCAAGAUGAAAAGUUGAACAAAAGUUACAAAAUCACACCAAGCGACAGACAAGCAAAGGAUAAACAUUACAAAGCACCAAGCAAACUCUGAAUUCACUACUGCUAGAUGUUCUUUCAACUUGUCUGUCCUAGUACCCAGCAUACACUGUAUAUGAAAUGUUUUGUGCAAUCACCAGUUGAGUCUGACAAUUGAAAAUUAUUUUAUGUUUAAAGCUUGAUUCCCCCCUCCCCCCCAUUUUUUUUUUUUUUUGAUGCUGCUAUUAUCUGAGGUAAUUCCACUGUACAUUUAAGCAUUAUAUUCACGUUAGAUGGUACAUAAAAAUAAAAAAAACUCCUCAAAUUCAAUAAACAGAUGAGACACUCAUAAAGCAGUGUUAUUGCCUUGUUGAACUUUUGAUGUGUUUUUUCCCCAGCUUCUUUUUUUUCUUCUUUUCUUUUCAUUUUCUUAUCUGUAAUAUAUUGCAAAAUUCAAAUGAUACUUGAUGUGGGAGAUUUGCACAACUUAUAGUCUCCCAAAACUCUAACCUAUGGUAAAGAGUUUCCUACACUGUAUAUAGUGGGUUUCAUCGCCUGUACUUUUAUAUCACUGACAAGCAUGGCCAACUUUUCGUGUUCCACAAAACAAUGAUAAAACAAUAGAACUGCUAUGGUUAGAAAUUUCACAUUGCCACAACACAUUUGAAACGUUUCAGCACCCCAAUCCUGCCAAGCUGUGAAUUGUACAGUUUUUCUUGUAGUUUAUAUUUGUACAUUCGGUUUGUUUGACUGUGUAGGGGUGGUGGAGGGGUUGCUUUGAUGUAUAUUAUUCCAUCAAUUCGGUUUGAAUUGGACUUUUAUAGGAUAUUAUGCAGAUUCUUCUGCUUUGGUGAAAUACUUCCAGUAGUAAGAGAUUUCUGUUCUCUGUCACUUGUACCUGGUAUAUUUUGUUCCACCUCCCCCGCUGCUAACUCAUGAUGGUGAGCAGAGGAGGGAAUAACUAUCGUUGGCAUAUUCAUGUGGACGCAGUGAUCAAAUGGAGCUGAAAUGCACAGAGGAGGACCAGCCCUGACACUCUGCUCAUCUCACUCCUCUCUCUGGACUGCAUUGCCCCCUGGUGAAUAUGCUCUGACUGUCAAAAGCUUGUAUUUAAAAACUGUGUGGGAUUGCUUCUGCCUGCUGUAUGUCCCACUGCAUUACCCCACCCUACCCUGCUGCACUCUAACCACAGACUGUAUGUUGAGAGAAAUAAAUAUUAUUUUGUGCUUGA